UGGGAAACCAAACCUUUUUGCUGGGUGAUCUCCAAUUUCAUACAAGCCGCCCCACUGUUCCUUUGGGUUUAAUCUGGAGGUCCCUGCAUCUCAGUGUGUUCUCUUGCCUUCUUCCUAUUUUCCCCGGUCGACCCGAAGCACAAAAGGAUUAUUAUCACUACAUACCCUAUCAACCUCCUCCACCACCACCCCACCCCACAUUUGGGAAAAGGAAAAAAGGGGGGAGAAAGCAAAAAAAAAAAGAAAAACAAGUUCUGUCUAUCUAACUAUCUAUCUAUCCAUCCAACCUACCCUUCCCCUCCUCCCCCACUACCAUUACGCUACUACUACUACUAUGAUACUACUACCACCUACCGGUAUCGUACCUAUUUCCCCUACAAUUUAACCACGAAACCCCCCCCCCCCGAGAGAGAGAGAGAAACCAAACUCCGAGUUGGUGAGAAAAAAGGAAAGAAUGGCCAACUCCCUGGACAAAGUAGCAGAAGAAACAGUCCGCUCGCUAGAAACCCGCUUGUGCCGAAUCGAGUUUGUCUUAUCUGGCACAAGUGAAGACCCCAUCAGUGACCUCUUCGCCCUACGAAACGCUGGACGAGAGAACUCUGUACACGCCCGGCUGGCAGCACUAGAACAGGACCUGGUCAAGUUGUGCAGGAAGUCGACCACCAUGAAGGAAAUGAUCGACCUAUACAAAAACUACCCCGAAAUCUUCAAAACUACACAAAUCCACCCCUACGCGACCUCCUCAUCCUCACCAUCAACCCUAACCUCCUCUGAGAGGCUAUCCACAGUCCUCACUGCCGCUCCAUUCAUACACGCUACUUCCUCGCAAUUGACCUCGAUUCGUGACACUCCGAUCCCUGAUCCCAACGUAUCCGCAGAUCUGAUCGCCCUCGUCCCCCGCAUCAACCGCGCGGAGAUGGUGCAACAGACGCAGGCGCGGGAGAUCGCCGAGUUGAGGAGACGCAGUGCGGCCCUGCUGGAGAGGUGGUACCUUCUCGGGAUCGAGGGAGUUAACGAGUGCUUCGCCGAGUGGGACGAGCGGACACUAGAGGUUGAUAAAUUACUCUCCAGGAAAUUGAAGAUGGCGGAUGAGGGAUAAAUGAUUGGUCUAUUGGUUCGGGAUUCGUUUUUUCCACCCCUUUUUUUGCUUCGGGAUUUUUCUAUAAUAUGCACCGUUUCAUUUCUUCCCCAUUGGCAUUUAGUUGGUUUGUCGGUUAGUUGGGUGAUGCGGGGUGGAUAGGCGAACAAUUGGUUGGCAGUGGGAUAGUGAGAUACGAACCGUCUGCCGGUCCCCUCAACACUCCUAUGUGUGAUAGAUGCACUCACAUGGGAGAUGGCAUGUAUUUUGGCCAGCAUCAGGGAUGGACAAGGAUUGAAUAAACGGAUGAAUGGAUGUAUCGGACCUGAUGCAAUCAAAUCACGAAGACUGUAAGCUACAA